UUUCACCUUCAGCCAUCAGUGGAGUAAACUGCAAUUUCCUGCAUCACAAGCCCCAGACUCAUCUUACUCCACAUAAAGGGACUUUUCAUGCAAUGCAUUGAGAACAUGGGGCAGGACUUGCAACCUCAAAAUGCUAAUGAAAGAUGUAUUAGGCUUGAUUUUCCGCCAGGCCUGUGAUGUCACUUGUUCCUCAUUGGACUGAACCUAUGGGGUUUGUGUAGUGGAAAAAGUACAGCCCCACUCAUAAACGCACACCUUAUAAAUGGCACGGUAUCAGUGAGGUGAUCAAACUGAAGAAGACCUGCCGCUGACAACACAACAAAAUUUACUGACUAACAACAACCAAAGACUCCAACAUGAGGAUUCACUGCAUCUUCAUCGCCUGUCUCGCUCUCUUCGCCCUCUGCACACUGGCAAGCUCCCAAAGGGCAAAAGGUCCUGAUAAAUGCUGCUUUUCUUAUUCCAAUAUAAGAAUCCCAUUAAAUCUGGUUGUCGGUCACCAAACAACUGUUUUUGGAUGCCCAAAUGAAGGAAUUAUUUUCUUCAUGAAAGAAGGAAAGGAGAUCUGUGGUAACCCAAAUGAGAGAUGGGUUCAGAGACUGAAGAAACUGGUAGACGCUCGCACCCUGACAGACAUAGAGGUCAGCUCUGGGGACAGCAAUUAGGAUUUAACUGAAGUUUUAAAUCAUUUUCAUUUUAUGUAAAGAAAUGAAACAAGCACAUUUUGGAAUGUACCUUCACAAUGCUAUUGAUUUAAUGCUGAAAAGAUUGUAAUUAUACAUUUAUAGCUAUUGCAAUAUAUUUUUUGUAUUUGAACUUAACAUAUAUAUCCACAAAUAAACAUUAC